AUGAAAAAUAAGAAUGUGGAAAGUAAAAAGGUUGUUGAAAAGAAGGAGACAAGAAAAAGAAGAUUAAUCUUAAAUGAUUCGGAUGCAGAAGAAGAAGAUCAAGAAGCUGUGAAUCAGCCAGAAGGAACUACUCAAGGACGAACAAUUCAAGUAGUUGAAGGUCAGAAGGCUGCUGAAAAAGAGAAGGAGAGACUGGAAUCUACCAGAAGAAGAGAAAUUUCUCUUGGAAAGGCUAAGAUUGUGAAAGUGCAGAAGAGUAAGAAGCAGAGGAAACUGGAGGCUGUUAUUGAGGCUAUUCAGAAGGUGUCCAAAGAUGUUGCACCAAUAGCUGCUGCUCAAACCCCUGAACCAAGUUGUCCUCCAACAACAUUUGUGGAAGUGUUUGCAAAUAUGUUUGAUUACAUUGAUCACCUUGUUACCAUUGUUAAACCUAGAAAGCUACUGUACUUGGCUAUAGAUGGAGUAGCACCGCGUGCUAAAAUGAACCAGCAAAGAACCAGACGUUUUAGAACUGCUAAAGAUGAUGAAAUGCGUGAAGCUGAAGAAGAAAGACUGAGGAAACAAUAUGAAAUGGAAGGAAAACAAGUUCUUCCUAAACAAGAAUAUGAAGUGUCAGAUUCUAAUGUAAUCACACCAGGAACUGAGUUCAUGCACCAGCUCUCAAAGGCUCUUAAAGCCUACAUCUCUUCAAGAAUAUCCUCUGAUUCAUUAUGGAAGGAUAUCAUGGUAAUUUUAUCUGAUGCUAAUGUUCCUGGAGAAGGGGAACAUAAGAUUAUGUCAUUUAUAAGGAAACAGCGUGGUCUUCCCGACUAUGAUCCCAACACUGUCCAUUGCUUAUAUGGAUCGGAUGCUGAUCUCAUAAUGCUUGGAUUGUCAAGCCAUGAGCCUCAUUUUUCUAUUUUAAGAGAGGUUGUUGUGCCUAAUUAUUAUGAUAAUGUGGAACCAAAUGCUGCGAAGAAGUUCAAGCUUUUACAUAUUUGGUUGUUGAGGGAAUAUCUUGAGCUAGACAUGAAGAUACAAGAUCCUCCCAAAAAUUUCAUUGUUGAUUUUGAGCGGAUAGUUGAUGAUUUUAUCUUCAUUUGUUUCUUUGCCGGAAAUGAUUUUCUUCCUCAAUUGCCCUCUUUGGAUAUUUGUGAGGGGGCUAUUGAUUUACUCAUCACUGUUUACAAGAAAGAGUUUCAUAAACUUGGAGGAUAUCUUGUCGACGUAAAUAAGAUGGGUGAAAAACAUAGUGCUUUUGUGAAGCUAUCAAGAGUUGAAAAGUUCAUACUCAUGGUUGGUUCAUAUGAAGAAAAAAUCUUCAAUAAAAGAAGUGCAAUUAGAGACAAGAAACUGAGAUGGCUUGUUCGUGAUCAUGAAAACUCAAAGCAAGAACAGAAUACAUGUGACUUCUUCGAUAUUGAGAAUGGGAGUAGUUCAGACUGCGCUCUUCGCAUUAAGAAGGCAUCAGCUUCUAACAAUGUUUGUCCUUUGUCUGAUGAAGAAGUUUUGAAAAACACAGAUGAGUUAAAAAAGGAGUUAAAGGAACGCAUUGAAGCUAAAGGAGACUUAUUUAAGAGUGGAGAUUUCUUGACUGACAAGAUAAAACUGGGAACUGUUGGCUUUAAAGAAAGAUAUUAUAGAGAGAAAUUUUCUGUGGACGGCUCCGCCAACAUCGAACUAAAAAGGAAAGAAGUAGUGCAGAAGUACACUGAAGGAUUGUUGUGGGUUCUUAAGUACUAUUUUUCAGGAGUAGCUUCAUGGACAUGGUUUUAUCCAUUCCACUAUAGUCCAUUUGCUUCAGAUUUUAAGGGCAUGGGUCAGGUGAGAGUAAGUUUUGAGAAAGGUGUUCCAUUCUUGCCUUUUGAUCAACUCUUAAGCGUUCUUCCUCAAAGGAGUGCUUAUGCACUUCCUAAAGCUUAUGCACAAUUGAUGCUGGAUGAGAAUUCCAAAAUAUUUGACUUGUUUCCUCAGCAAUUCAAAGUUGACAUACAAGGAAAGCGCUUUAGAUGGAUGGGGGUAUGCAAACUUCCCUAUAUGGAUGAACGAAGGCUUUUGGCCGAAACCAGAGAACUCAUAAAUGGAUUAUCUGAAAAUGAAGCAAUGAGAAAUUCGGUUAAAGUUGAUAGGUUGUUGGUUAGUAAGAGUCUUAAGUUAGCAGAAAAAAUUUGCUCACUAAGCUUAAACAAGAUAGAUACAAGCAUAAGUGAUGGCAUUGGAGGCAUCAUAAGUCUUUGUCACGAAAGUGCCGAGGAUAACAAACAUGAAGAUUUUGUCUUCUGUGUCAAAUACGAGCUACCUGUGAAUGGUAUAAGUCAUAGUCUGCAUUUGCUAUUUGGUGUAAACCUUCCUGAUAAGACAAUCUUUGAAAAUGACCUGAAUGAAACGGUUAUGUGGCACGAACAUCAGCAACAUUCUAAUCAUCAGCAAAAUUCUAAUCGUUUUGGAAGGUCGAAUCAAGGCGGUUGGAGAAGUUCAAACCAAGAGGCUAGUACUUCAAGGUUUCAACCAAAUAGAACUGCUUUUGGUGGAAGAAGCUCUGCAUUAAACGCACCUCCUGAAUUCAUCCAUAAAGGUGGAGGUGUUGGGUGGGGUUCAGGUAGAGGAAAACCAGAAAGGGUUAAUUUUGAAACUCUAAAUGAUAGAAUGGCAUCGUUUUCUCCUUUUCACAAUCGACAAUCUAAUGAUCAUGGAGGAUCUUACCAUCAUCAUCAAUUUUCGAAUAAUGUGCCUUUUGGCCGAGGACGAGGUAGGUCGCAACAGAAUUACAAUAAUGUGUAUUCGGGGAGGCAUGUUUCCACUAAUUCCGAUAACUCGUUUCGACCUCAAUGGAGUGAACCAAAGGAUAAUAGUCGUCGGUAGUAAGAAAACUAUCUGGAAAACUACCUUUUUUGUUUUGUAAAGUGUUUAAAAUAUGUUGUUUUUUUGUUUCUCCAUUGCUAGUGUGCAUGAUUUUGGUAUUUGAAAUGGUUAUUUUGGCAGUAAU